GACCACUGAACGAACCAGGCAGUCACGUUGGUCAAAGGAUUCCACUUGAAAACGCAAAUGAAUGGAUCUUUUUGGUGAACUGAUUCAAAAGACUCGAAUCACUGAAAUGAAUCAAAAUCCGCUCCACGAGCAGUCGGUGAGAUGUGGGUGGAGCGAGCGCACCAUCAGCCUCCGGAGCAGCGCGCCGGGCUCAGCAUCCAAUCAGCGAAAGGCGGAUGUCUUAUAGCUGCUGUGUGCUCUUCACUUUUACUCACUACAAAGGCGACUGAUCCACUGAACUAUCAACAAACUAUGUUUCCAGACUUGGCAGAAGGGAUGUUAAGUGAAUGGAGCCCUCUUCACAUCCUCCUUCUGCUUUUGGCUUCUAAUUAAAACUUGGCUGUAGAACAUUUCCCUCUCAAAUGUUUAAUUGCCUUUCAGAUGUUGAUGGACUCAUUUGGAUUCUCUCCAAGACACUAACAAUGACUUCAAACACCUGAAAAUUAUAAAUCACUACUCCACAUGUUCUCACAGGGCAUUACUAAGGAAAAAGUCCCGCUGUUGGAAUGACACCUUUCAUUUUUAUUUGUUAAUUUUUCAAUAGGACUUGGAAUAACAAUGACUGUCAUUGAAGUGUAGAGCAUUCAGAAAGUAAGAAGCUGGACAUGAUUUUCCUUGGAGGGGUUCAUGUGUCAAGGAAAGUCUUCAUCCCUCAUGGCUGUCCCCUUACCUUGAGAUACAUUUUAGCUGUGAUUUGUUUGAGUGCAAAAGGUUUUGCGUGUCCCAAGAGUUGCCACUGCUCUGAGAGGAAUGGCUUGACAGUAGUGCAGUGUUCCUCUCGCAACCUAGAAGAGAUUCCCUCCGACCUUCCUCACAAUACUGUGUCGCUUCUUCUGUCCUCCAAUCACAUCACCAAAAUCCCAAACCAGGCUUUUAAAAACCUUCCCUGGCUCCAAGAGCUGGACAUGUCAAGGAACGCCAUCGAAACCGUGGAUGCUGGGGCUUUUCAAGGUGUCACGGAGAGCUUGCGGGCGCUCGACCUGUCCCAUAAUCACAUGCAAAGCGUCCCUAAGGAAGCCUUCGCUCGGCUGCAUGCCAAGAUCAGCCUGUCCAACAACCCGUGGCACUGUGAGUGCACCCUUCAGGAGGUGUUGCGUGAACUUCGGCUGGAUCCCGAGACUGUGAACGAGGUGAGCUGCCACACCGCUGUUCAGGAAGAGUACGCCGGCAAGCCUGUCAUCCAGGUCUUGGAUUCGGGCAUAAACUUUUGUAACUUCCACCAUAAGACUACCGAUGUGGCUAUGUUUGUCACCAUGUUUGGUUGGUUCACGAUGGUUAUCGCUUAUGUCAUCUAUUACGUACGGCAUAACCAGGAGGAUGCUAGGAGGCAUCUGGAGUACCUCAAGUCCCUGCCAAGUAGCUCCCAAAUUAGUAAGGACUUUGACACAAUCAGCACUGUUCUCUAGCAUCAGUCAAUGCAGUGUAGGAGUGAAUGUGUUUGGCACAUUGAUGAUGGCACAACAGUAAGCCUUAUAAGGGAGAGUGGGGUAAGAUGUGUCAUUUACUCUGUAUGUCCUCAAAGAAAUGAGAAACAAGGAAUCAUUGAGAAACCUGUAUUUGUAUGCACUUAAAAAA